AUGCUCCCCGACCAGAGACCCCAACCGGACGAGGGCUUUCACAGCCAGCCUGGCAGCGACACCAACUCGCAGCCUGGCGACAAUGACGACGGCAUGGCUGAGUCCGACGACAUCGCUGUGCCAUCCAAGGUCGAUGACCUUCGACUACAGAUCCUCGAGCUACCGGUCGCUACUCGUCUUCAGCUGAUCAAAGAUGUCUGCCCAUCCUUCCCCACCUCCCUUCUCUACGAUCUACACGGCAAAAUCGGUGGCAUGGUCUACUUUGAUCCUGUGCGCUAUCUGCCUAACGAGCUCAUCUUGCACAUCUUCUCCCACCUCUCCCCACCAGAUCUCCUCACGGCUUCAAUAGUCUCUAAACCCUGGCGCGAGCGGACCCAGGAUGAAAAGCUAUGGCAUGACUGUUUCGGUCGCGAAGGGUGGGUGGUGGACAAGAAGAAGAUGGAGUCACAGGAAGAGCUCGCAAAGAAGAAGGGUGCUCAAGUCGCUGAGCGCAUCAUGCGAACUGCCCGUCCAGGCUCUGGUCUGGAGCGACGGGAGAGCCGUAAGAGGCCGCGCGAGGAGGCGUUCAGUGAGACCGAGAGCACCAGAGCAAACGUCGAGGAGCAGUCUACAGAAGACGAGGGAGACACCAGUGAUCGUCCAGAUGAGAUGGAGGGGGUGGAGUCCUCUACUCCGAACAUUGGCGCCAUACGUUCGAACGCAGGAAAUGUGCCAGGUACGACCAUGACCGCCAAAGAUGCUUUGAUGGACUUUGCAACACCAUCUUCGGCAGUGCAAUCACCUACAGAUGGUCCUGUUCUUGAGAGUGAAUUCUCCAUCAAGAUCGCACCCACUGUCUUCAGUACGGCCAAGGAACCCAAGUUCAGUUGGCCUUAUCUUUAUAAACAACGUCGGAAGCUGGAGAAAAAUUGGGAAAUGGGAAAAUAUACCAUGUUUCGGCUUCCCGAUCCAAAUCACGAGGAGGAAGGACACGCAGAAUGUGUUUACACUAUUCAGCACUCCGGGAGAUGGCUUGUGUCAGGAUCUCGUGACAAGACGAUUCGGAUCUGGGACUUGGACACCUACCGGUUAAAGGGCAAGCCGUUGCAAGGCCAUGAGCAGAGCGUCCUGUGUCUCCAGUUCGAUGCAAAGCCUGGUGACAAGAACGACAUUAUCAUCAGUGGUGGCAGUGACGCAUAUGUCAUCGCCUGGCGAUUCUCUACUGGCGAGGUUCUCCACAAGAUCAGGAAGGCCCACGACGAGAGCGUUCUGAACCUACGCUUCGAUGACCGGUACCUCGUCACAUGCUCCAAGGAUAAGACCAUCAAGAUCUGGAACCGUCAAGCCAUCGCGAAGGACAGUGAGGUCAUCCCUGAUUGUGUGAUUGAUGAAUUUCUGAGCGAUCCGAAGUAUAAUGCAGCGCUGGUCCAGCCUUUUACCUUGCUUAAUACUAUGACUGGGCAUCAAGCUGCCGUGAAUGCUGUCCAAAUCCACGGAGACACCAUCGUCUCGGCAUCAGGAGACCGCACCAUCAAGUCCUGGGACAUCAACAAAGGCAGCAGCUUCAAGAAGUCCUACAGUGGACACACCAAGGGCAUUGCCUGUGUGCAAUUUGACGGCCGUCGCAUUGUCAGUGGCUCUUCAGACAAUUCUGUCCGCAUUUUCGACUACGACACCACAGCCGAAGUUGCGUGUCUCGAUGGCCACAACAAUCUUGUACGCACUGUGCAAGCACGGUUUGGCGACCUUCAGACCAUUUCUGACGAUGAGCUCCUGGAAGAAGCUCGGGAAGCUGACAAGAGGUUCCUUGAAGCGCUUGACAAGGGCAUGGUGCCGCAGGAGGCGUCUCGUCGGCGUGAGCCACGUAAUGCGGGCUCAAGUCGGCCAGAAGACAUGCUCUCGUACGGCACCAAGGUCCCUCCAGGUGGUGGCGGCAGCAAAUGGGCCAAGAUCGUUUCUGGAUCUUACGACGAGACUGUGAUCAUCUGGAAGCGCAGCAAAGACGGCAAGUGGAGACCGAAUCAACGUCUACACCAAGGCAUGCUCUUGAACCAUCCCAAUACUGCAAGCCGAAUCAGACCAAAUGCCGUACCCCAGCCAGCCAACCUCAACAACAUCAAUGCGCAGGCUGUCAAUCCGCAGCAGCUGAAUGCGAGCCAACAGGCCCAACAUCUGCUCAACCAAGCUCAAAAUCAACUACUUCAAGUCAACACUAUCCUUCAGCAGCCACCAGUUGGCACUGCCCAACAACCAGUACCAAACUCACAGCUCUCUGCAAUGACAGCAGCUCAGAAUCACCUGAAUCUGCAAAUGCAAGCCAUUGCCAGUCAGCAACACCAUCACGCUAUAAACAAUGGUGUCGCCGCACUGCAACAAGCUGCUGGCCCUGCUGUCAACGCCAACCCUGCCCAGAACCAGCAAGCACCAGCACAAGGUGGGCAUGCAGCAGGUCAACCAGCGCAAGCUAAUCCAGGCCAUCACCACCAUCACCAUCAUCAUCAUCACCAUCACGCAGGUGCUAACGGUGUUCCCAAUCCCCGUGAGUCAAAUAGGGUCUUCAAGCUGCAAUUUGACGCCCGACGGAUCAUCGCGUGCAGUCAAAAUAAGGUCAUUGUAGGUUGGGACUUUGCGGCGGGCGACCGAGAUUUGGAGUGGAUCGGGGACUGGAGUGUGGAGACUGCGUGA